AACAAAAAAAUCUCUUCUUCAGUUUUGUGGGGGAUGUGUCACAGUGAUGAUAGAUAAACCACAAAAGAGAGACACUUUACUACGUUCAACACACUUUCAUUCACUUGCUGGCUUUUACCGCUGCUACUUGCUAUUCUUGCAACCCUUUCAUUUUUGCUUUAUUAUCUUUCUUCCUCUUUUUCUUUUCUUUUUUUUCUUCUUGUGUUCUUUUACUAUUUCUGUUCCUUUCAUGGAGAUCUUGAGCAACAUGUCACCAACUUUUUUGAUGUUGUUGUUGGUGCAGCUUGGUUAAUUCUGGAUUGGGUUCAACUCAUAGGUCAUCAUGUUCCAUGCCUUUAUUUGAUUGAAAUGUUUUUGUUGCAAACACUGAUAUAAUAUCCCCCUUUUGCAGUGAAGGAUUGGAUUGAUUCUCUUCUAGCUAGUUGUUGGUUCUAGCUUCUCUUUUUUUCUUUUGGUGGUGAGGUUGUUAGUUCUAUUAACUAGUUAACUACUACGGUGAAUUGGUGAAGUUGUGCUUUCUUUUAUGGAUCCCAUUGUUGAGUGAUGUGUGUUUUUCUGGGGAUGGAGUACAUUGGCAAGUGGGAGGAAUGUGAAGGCUAUGAGAGGAAUUGAGGGGGGUGGUGGUGGUUGAAAUGAGUUAGGGUUCCAUGUGUGUGUGUGUGAUUACUGAAAACUUUGUCUUCAAAAGGAGGGAAAAGGGUAAAGCUUGAUAUGAAGCUUUCAACAUCAGGGUUGCCUCAGCAGGGACAACAUGAAGGAGGGGAGAAGAAGUGCUUGAAUUCUGAGCUAUGGCAUGCAUGUGCGGGUCCAUUGGUGUCCCUACCAACUGCAGGGACUCGUGUGGUUUACUUCCCUCAGGGUCAUAGUGAGCAGGUUGCUGCCACAACUAACAGAGAAGUUGAUGGCCACAUACCGAAUUACCCGAGCUUGCCUCCCCAGUUGAUUUGCCAACUUCACAAUGUCACGAUGCAUGCAGAUGUUGAAACAGAUGAAGUUUAUGCCCAAAUGACACUGCAGCCGUUGACUCCGCAAGAGCAGAAGGAUACAUUUCUUCCCAUGGAAUUGGGAGUUCCAAGUAAGCAGCCCUCAAAUUAUUUUUGCAAGACCUUAACUGCUAGUGACACCAGCACACAUGGAGGGUUUUCUGUUCCGCGUCGUGCAGCUGAGAAAGUUUUCCCUCCGCUGGAUUUCUCAUUGCAACCGCCUGCACAAGAACUAAUUGCUAGAGAUCUCCAUGAUGUUGAGUGGAAAUUUCGUCAUAUUUUUAGGGGACAGCCAAAGAGGCACCUUCUUACUACCGGCUGGAGUGUAUUUGUUAGUGCCAAAAGACUUGUGGCAGGAGAUUCUGUGCUUUUCAUAUGGAAUGAAAAGAAUCAGCUUCUUUUGGGAAUACGUCGUGCCAAUCGACCACAAACUGUAAUGCCUUCUUCAGUUCUAUCCAGUGAUAGUAUGCAUAUUGGGCUUCUUGCAGCAGCUGCCCAUGCUGCAGCAACUAAUAGCUGUUUCACGGUGUUCUAUAAUCCAAGGGCUAGUCCAUCCGAGUUCGUCAUACCACUUUCAAAAUAUAUCAAAGCUGUAUACCAUACACGUGUUUCUGUUGGUAUGCGUUUCAGGAUGCUUUUCGAGACCGAAGAAUCAAGUGUCCGGAGGUACAUGGGUACAAUAACUGGAAUAAGUGACUUGGAUCCAGUUCGUUGGCCAAAUUCUCAUUGGCGAUCUGUAAAGGUUGGUUGGGAUGAAUCCACAGCAGGAGAUAGGCAGCCAAGAGUAUCACUAUGGGAAAUUGAGCCUUUAACAACAUUCCCAAUGUAUCCGUCACUAUUUCCGCUCAGAUUGAAACGUCCAUGGCAUCCUGGCACCUCAUCUUUUCUUGAUGGCAGAGAUGACCCAACUAAUGGGCUAAUGUGGCUUAGAGGUGGACCUGGCGACCAAGGUCUGAAUUCAAUCAAUUUUCAAAGUGUUGGAAUGCUGCCAUGGAUGCAGCAGAGGCUUGAUCCGGCUUUGCUUGGAAAUGAUCAUAAUCAGCAGUACCAAGCCAUGUUGGCAGCUGGUUUGCAGAACAUAGGGAGUGGAGAACUCUUGAGGCAACAAAUGUUGAAUUUCCAACAGCCUUUCAAUUAUCUUCAUCAAUCAGGAAAUGUCAACACUUCUAUCCAGCUUCAGCAGCAGCAGCAAACGAUUCAGCAAUCAGUGCCUUCUAAUAUCUUGCAGCCACAAGCACCAGUAUUGGGAGAGAACAUGACUCAGCAGCAGCUCUUUCAGAAAUCGCACAACAACCGAGAAGACCAUGCGGAGCAGCACACUUAUCAAGAUGCACUUCUAGUUCAGGGUGACCAGCUCCACCAAAGGCAACACUCUAGUUUGCCUUCGCCAUCGUAUUCAAAAUCAGAGUUUGUAGAUUCAAGCAUGAAGUUUGAAGCAUCAGGUUCACCAGGACAGAACAUGCUUGGUUCACUUUGUCCUGAAGGGAGCAGCAAUCUCUUGAAUUUAUCCAGAGGUGGUCAUUCGAUACCGACAGAACAGUCACCCCAACAAUCAUGGCCUGCAAAGUAUACACCUAUGCAGGUUAAUGCUUUUGGCAACUCAAUGUCACAUGUGCAAUAUUCUGGAAAAGAUAUUGCAGUGGCAUCACCACAUCGUAAUUCAGACACUCAGAAUCCAACCCUCUUUGGAGUCAAUAUUGAUUCAUCCGGUCUUCUACUCCCUGCCACUGUCCCACAUUAUACGACUUCAUCCGCUGAUACCGAUGCUUCAACAAUGCCAUUAGGGAAUUCUGGAUACCAGGGUCCUCUAUAUGCUUGUAUGCAAGAUUCAUCUGAGUUAAUGCAAAGUGCGGGACAAGUUGACCCCCAAAACCAGACACCAACCUUUGUCAAGGUUUGAGUCAUACUAUUACAACUAACUGCUGCUUUCUGAGU